UACGAUACCAAUUAUUAUUGUUGUUGGAGUUGAAACUUGAAAGUAGAAAUUUAAAAACAACCAUAAUUCAAAGAUUUAAAUUUGUUGUUUCAGUAAAAAUUUAUUCAAAAUGAAAAUUAACUACAAUUAUUUAGAAUAAAAUACAAUUUUUUUGGUCUUUAGUUUAGUAAAUAACAGGUUGUAUUAUAAUAAUUUAAGACGUUGUCGUCUCGAUAUGGAGUCUACGUCAGAUUUCACUGAAAUACGUGAAGGUAAAGCAAAAAUACGUGUGCCGAAUACUAGCAAAGUGUUCUAUAAUCCAGUACAAGAAUUUAAUCGAGAUUUAAGUAUUGCUGUUCUAUCUGUUUUUUCUGAAAUUAGAUAUGGAGAAAAACAGAAAAGCAGAAAAAGGCACAGGUCGUUUAAUGAAAAUAACAUAUCACAAAAUGAACCUAUAACUUUAGAAAUAGGAACUCAAAUCGAGGCGGGUUUAGAAAUUCUAGAAGCCAUGGCUGCCACAGGCUUACGAGCGAUAAGAUACGCACUUGAAGUACCUGGAAUUAAACAAAUUUACGCUAAUGAUAUAUCAAAAACAGCUGUAGACAUUAUGAAUAAAAAUAUCGAUGAAAAUAAUGUUCAACAUUUAGUAACAUCAACUCAGUAUGAUGCAGCGCAUGUUAUGAGAAAAAGACAAUUUGAAUCGGAAACAAAAUUUGAUGUUGUUGAUUUGGAUCCAUAUGGAUGCCCUACGAACCUUUUGGAUUCGGCUAUUUCUUGUCUAGCCGAUAAUGGUUUAUUAUUAGUUACGUGCACAGACAUGGCUGUUUUAGCCGGCAACACACCAGAAUCGUGUUACGCCAAGUACGGUUCAAUAUCUUUACGGUCACCCGCUUGUCACGAAAUGGCUCUUCGAAUAGUUUUACAUACGAUUACAAAUGUUUGUACGAAAUAUGGUCGUUACAUGGAACCAUUAUUAUCAAUAAGUGCUGAUUUUUAUAUAAGAGUUUUCGUAGUCAUACGGACAAGUCCUUUUAUGUGCAAAACUAUGUCUAGCAAAAUUUCAUCUGUCUACAAAUGUCGAGGUUGUAAUAUGACCACUCUGCUGCCGUUGGGUUCAGCUAAAUCCGAUACUAAAAAUACAAAAUUUACUCUUAAUUCUGGACCACCUGUUAAUAAAAAAUGCGAACACUGUGGAUUCCCACAUCUGGUUGGAGGACCUAUCUGGAAUGGACCAUUGUAUAACAUUGAGUUUCUCAAUAAACUAUGUAAUCUCAUAAGAGACGAAAAGGCCGAUAAAAAGUUUACCACUGUCAAACGACUGAGGGGAAUGUUAACCAUGAUGCAAGAAGAAUUGCUCGAUAUACCGUUGUACUACACGGUUCCAUCAUUGACCAACACUGUUCAUUGUGAAGCAAUGCCUUUGAGAUAUUUUUUUUCAGCUUUAGUAAAUGCCGGCUACCGAGUUUCAUCGUCCCAUUGUGCACCGAAUAGUGUCAAGACCGAUGCUCCUCAGACCGUUGUGUGGGACGUAGUAAGGACUUGGGUGAAAACACAUCCAGUUUCUGAAAAAAGGUUGCAGGAUUCCGUUGCAGCCAGGAUAAUCUUGGAAAAAGAACCUACAGCGGAAAUUGUUUUUGAUCGGAAUUACAAUAUAGUGCCUAAGUCAUUGCAGGGUUUAGUCAGGUAUCAACAAAAUCCUGCACCUUAUUGGGGACCAGGAACUAAAGGAAAUUCGAAGCAAAAAACUACAGAAGCUGGGUCUAAAAUGGAAACUGAAGUAUCAACUUAAAUUGGUAUUAUGGGUUACCUUGUUGUAUUGUAUGACUUUUUUAAAUAAAUGAGUAAAACAAA